UAACAGAACAGAACACCACCAUUACUUACCAAUUUCUAUUCGAUUCGAGUCCAGUAACUUCUUUCCAACGACGUUUUCUCUCUAUUCUUUUUCCUUCAUAGUUUUCCCUUUUUAACAGUCAAGAAAAAAACGCGCACGCCUCCUUCCUUCCUUCAACAACGAACGAAUCUCCUCUCCGAUCACACGCAAUUGCACAUACUUCUUCUCCUCCUCUGCAACUUUUUUGUUACUCGCCCUACCCGGAACUUCCCAGUAACCGUGAAAAUAUGGUGGCCGAAGCGCAACUUGUUUGCCAACCUGCCGUCGCUCUUCAGUACCUUUGUGCCCCCGCCAUCGAGAUUCAGCCUCCUGAUUUUCUUGACGAAUCACGUCCCCCAACUGGUGAUGUCCCUCUCUCCAUCGAUCCUCAGCGCCGUGAAUCGGCUCUGAGUUGCUCAACGAGCAUACAUACUACUGCAAUAUCUAAAGCUACCAGAAAGUUUACUCCAAAAAUUCGUUCCGGCAGCCAUACUGAUCUUGGUCCUCGCAGUUCCAAUGAGGACCAACAUGUUCGGAUCGAUGAUCUGAGCAGCCACUUGGGGUCACUGUACAGUUGGCAUGAACCAGGCUCUUUUUAUGCAGUGUUUGAUGGUCAUGGUGGUCCUAAUGCUGCAGUUUUCAUGAAGAAUAAUGCCACACAAUUUUUCUUUGAAAAUGCUGAAUUACCCGGAGCAUCUGAUAUUGAUGAAAAAUUCUUGCAAGAUAUGGAGAAGUCCCAUCUCAAAUCAUUUUUGUUGGCUGAUCAAGCCAUGGCUGAUGAACAAGGUGGUGUUGAUCCGUAUUGUGGAACUACAGCGCUCACUGCCCUGAUCCUCGGAAGGAAUCUGCUCAUUGCAAAUGCUGGAGACUGUAGGGCUGUCCUCUGUAGGAAUGGAGAUGCAGUUCAACUGUCCCAAGAUCACAGGCCAUCGAGCCAGAUGGAAAGAAAGCGGGUUGAGAACUUGGGAGGUACUAUUGAGUAUGGGUAUUUAAACGGGGAGCUUGCUGUUACUCGAUCUCUGGGAGACUGGUAUAUGAAACUUCCUCUUGGAUCUGUAUCACCUCUGACUGCGGAGCCAGAGUUUCGGUGGACUUUGCUGAGUGAGGAUGAUGAAUUCCUGAUAAUUGGAUGUGAUGGGAUUUGGGAUGUUAUAUCAAACCAGGAAGCAGUGAGCCUGGUGCGUCGGGUGCUCAGACAUCACAAUGACCCGCAGGUUUGUGCAAAAGAACUUGUGGAACAGGCACUUAGGCAAGAUACUUGUGACAAUGUAACUGCUGUUGUGGUCUGUUUCUCGUCGUCGCCACCUGAGAUUCGAGAUUCUUCGGUGGGGGAUCAUCCAACAGGGCAAAGACCAAGGAUGAGGUUCUGUAUGUCUGAGGAGGCACGGAACAAGUUGAGGAGCUUAUUAGAAGGCGGUAAGUGAGGUUCUGGACGUCCUGACCUGGUUGAAGGAUUGAUCACACGACAGUACUAUGACGGGGUUUUGGUUGUACAGAUUAUUAUAUAUUAUAUAUAUAUAUGGUGAUUCUUGUUGGUGCUGGUGGGCGUUGGCGAGUUUGCGGGAAAUGAAGCUGCAACCUUGCUGUGGGUUUGUGGCGGGCGUCGGAAUGAGUCAUGGAUGCAUAAGAUGAAGAUGAAGAUGCAAGUUAUGGAUGUAUGUAUUAGGAGGUAAUGAUUAUGGAUUGAUUGAUGUUAUUAUUGGGGGAUGGAUUGAUAAAUUGAAUGAGGAGCGAAGGAACAAACAUAGGCCUGCCUGGCAGGUUAGUUGUUGCUGUGCCUGCGGACUGACCGACUGAGGAGGACACGACACAGCACAGCACACCACACCACACUAGUCUACCUCUCUGGUAUUCGUUAGUUAGUUAAUUGGUUAGUUUAGUUGUGUCUUGUUGAGUCUGACAAUAUAAUACUUGCUGCACAAUCUUUUUGUUUUUGUUCC